AUGACGGAAUACCGCGACGCCGUGGACAUCGACGAGCAGCGCAAGCUCCUGCUGGACGUCGCCCGCCUGCGGGACCGGCCCGACUUCCACGAUGUGACGUUCGUGUGCCAGGAUGGCGUGCGCGUGCGCGCCAACCGCGCCCUGCUGGCCGCGCGGUGCGAGUUCUUCGACCGCCUGCUGUACGGCGACUUGCGCGAGGCCAAGGAGGCGGUGAUCAACCUGCGCAGCGUCUCGUCAUCCAGCCUGGGCCUGGUGCUGGACUACCUGCACACCUGCUCCGUGUCCUCGCUGGGUACCGACUCCGUAGCCCACGUCGAGGCCUAUGACCUGGCGAGGCAGUAUGACCUGCCGGGCCUGCAGCGCCUGAUCGUGGACUUUCUGGUGCGGCGGGCGCGCGACGGGGCCAACGUGGGCGCGCUGAUAUCCACAGCGCUGCAGCUGCGUGCCACGGACGUGGCGGAGACGAUGCUGCCCGUCCUGUCCAGCGGGCUGGAGGAAGGCAAGAUUGCCUUCGACGGGUUCUCCGUGGAUGCGCUCAUCUUCUGCCUGAUGCACCCCAGGCUGCGCAUCGGCAGGCCCUCCGAGUUUCUCAUAUUCAGGAUGGUGUUGCACUGGGCGGUGAAGAACUACGCCGAUGAGGGCGGCGAGGGCGGCAGGGCGGGGAGCCUGGGGGUGGCCGGGUCCCCCAAGACGGAGAGGGAGCAGCAGCGCCACGCCCUGGUGUCACAGGCGGACGCCUCCCGCCUGAGGGCCGUCCUGCAGCAGAAUGGGGCCAGCAAGAUGGAGGAGUGGACGCGGGUGCUGAUGGGCGUGCGCUUCGAGUGCAUCCCCACAGACGUCCUGCAGACCCAUAUCGAGCCCCUGGAACUGGUGCCCAUGGACAGCCUGCUCCACGCUUACCGGACCCAGGCCAGCCAGUUCUCCCGGGUGGCCCUGCGAUCCACGCUUUGGGACUACUCUUGCAGGGGCAGUGGCGUGCGGAUCGAGCAGGACGUGUGUGAAUUCCGGUGCUCGAAGCACCAGGGGGCACGCACUCGGUUCCAUUUCACGUCGGGCGUGCACUCCUGGGAGCUGCAUAUCGCACAGUACUGCGACCUUGUGUGGGUGGGCGUUGUGGACGAGACAGUGAACAUGGAGGAGUGGCUGGGCAAGCAGUCGGGAGGCUGGAUGUUUGGGAGCAAUGGCUCCCUGUGCCACGCCACGAUGCAGGACAAUGGGCCCUACACGCAAAAGUAUGGGGCGCCCUUCAGGGAGGAUCACGUCGUUACGGUGAAGCUGGACAUGAACCGACGGGAGCUGGGGUUCGGUGUUAAUGGCGAAGACUUUGGUGUGGCCUUCACCAACCUUCCAGACAGGGUGUAUCCAGCAGUGUCCUGCAGGCACCCGGGACAACUCAGGCUGUGUUUUGGCGAAGAGAUAUGGACACUGCUGGACAGCCAGUCGCAGAUGCACAUGGAUUUCUUUCAGUAG